UGACGUCAUUUCUUCCGCGUUGGCCUGGACGUGGCACCUGCAUCAUAGAGGAGAGGCAGAAGCGCAACACAGAUACUCCCAUUUUAGAACAAUAAAUCGCAUAACAUUUAUUUUCUAAAUAUUUUUCACUUUUACAACGCUGAGGGAAACGCUCGAACAACAUGGGGCUCACUAUCUCAUCGUUGUUCUCCAGACUUUUUGGCAAGAAACAGAUGCGGAUACUCAUGGUCGGCUUGGAUGCUGCUGGUAAAACCACUAUCUUGUACAAACUGAAGCUGGGAGAAAUCGUUACCACCAUUCCAACUAUCGGUUUUAAUGUUGAAACCGUGGAAUACAAGAAUAUCUGUUUCACAGUAUGGGAUGUUGGCGGCCAGGACAAAAUCCGUCCCCUGUGGAGGCAUUACUUCCAAAACACACAGGGCCUGAUCUUUGUAGUUGACAGCAAUGACAGAGAAAGAGUGCAAGAGUCUUCAGAAGAGUUGCAAAAGAUGUUGCAAGAGGACGAAUUGCGAGAUGCUGUAUUGUUGGUAUUCUCAAACAAACAGGACUUGCCAAACGCCAUGGCAGUGAGUGAGCUUACAGACAAACUAGGACUGCAGACCCUCCGCAAUAGAACUUGGUAUGUCCAGGCAACCUGUGCCACCCAGGGUACUGGUUUGUAUGAAGGACUGGACUGGUUAUCCAGCGAACUGUCAAAGCGCUAAAUCAAAGGCGAGGAGAGCUGGAACCCAAGCAAGCAAAGAGAGAGAGGGGGCAAGAGAGAAAAUCAGAGAAUUUUACCGAGAGAAAAAGCCUAAAUUAUCAGUGUCUGUCUGGUAGAACUUGAAGUUCUGGACUUUGCAAUGCGUUUCUGAUGUCAAAUCUUUUUUUUGGGGGGGGGGGGGGGGUCUUUGUUGUUGUUGUCAGUGUCAUUUUAGUCUUUUCCCUUUUUUUUGGGGGGGGGGGGGGGGGGCAAAGGAAUACAAUGUUUAAGUUGCAUGUUUUUAAAUAAAACAAACAGACAAAGCAGUGUGAGGAUGUCCACUUCUGAAAGGAAAAAGGUUGACUGGAUCACAGGAGACCUGGGUUAAAUGCAGUGGUAAAGCCAGGUCUCGCUCCUGGAAUAUUCAGUAGGCCAAAAGAGAGACAAAUUUGGUCUCCACUGAAGCCAAUUUUGGGAUUUUGUUACACCCCACAAUUAUGAGAUCAACAUGAGAAUUAACUGAUACAUUCAUCCACUGACAGGGUUUCUGUUCAGGCAGUGUGGUAGCAGACCUGUAAAAAGAUACACAACCUCCAUUUGAAGUAAAGUAAUAAGUUAUUUUGUAUGUAUUUGUUUCAAAUAUAAAUUCAACUGCUCUAAUUUUAAAUGUGAACUUGGGGGUGGGAUAGGGGAUGGUGACAAUGGUUAAGAAAAGGCUAGAACCUCUGUUCUGCAUUAGUAUCUAGUAGGAGAAAUGUAGUUAGCUCUCUGGUGGUAGUAACUAAAGCAGUACUGAGCCCUUGUGUGCUUCUGUAUUUUAUACAAUAGAGCAAACGUUCCCAUGGCAGUUGGUAUGCUGAACAGUUUUGUUCAUAACUUUACUAUUGCAGCUCAUGUUCUUUGGUAUAAGCAGGUCACUGUUAACAGGGAGGUAAAUGAUCAGGAGCUUUCGUGGUCUUAACUCUUAAUGUGCUUUUCUCAGUACAGUAUCUGGGGGGAUAAAAAUGUUUAUUUUAUCUAACAUAUGUAUUGCCCUGAAUAUUUUCAAAUAAUCUACUGUAUGUAAAUCCAAUUUAAAUGGCUGACAGAAAUGUAGUAUCUCCUUCAGCAGGAUCUCUGCAUAAUUUGAAAUGCACUCUUAGAUAUUAUAAUAGAGUGCUUCCAAAGAAGCAGAGUAUGUUUGCUUGCAGUAUGUGGGGUUUGUUUUAUAUAUAUAGAUAUAUAUCUAUCUAUAUAUGAUAGAGAUAGAGAUAGAGAUAGAGAUAGAGAUAGAGAUAGAGAUAGAGAUAGAGAUAGAGAUAGAGAUAGAGAUAGAGAUAGAGAUAGAGAUAGAGAUAGAGAUAGAGAUAGAGAUAGAGAUAUCUCUGCUCCAGGACCAUUGUAGCACAGCACACUGUUAUUAAAACCCAAUCUGUAACCUGUUUGAAUAUACACAAGGCCUCAGCCUGGUGAGAGGUUUGGUUCUCACCGAUGAACCUUGAAACAAAAAGUAGCACAUAUAGUUACUGUUCAUCAUUCUAAAUUAUGUAAUCAAAAUUCAGCAAACCACAUUUCAAAAACAGCAUCCGUCCUUCACUUCCUUGGGUGUUCUACAAUGCAGUGGGUGGUGUAUAACUUGAGAUGUAUUGUUCUCCUAGAGUGUGCUUUCCUUUGCCCAGGAUUGUACAUGUCAGUUAGUGUGUAGAUCUAUUGUGGUACAAUAUACACUAUACUAAUGCUGUAUGCUUAGAAAUGGUUUUGGAAAGACGAUGUGGGUUUGAUUGUUGUAUUUAACUUUAUUCGUUGUCUCUUAAUAACUUUCCAUUGCAAAACAAUGCAUUUGUGUAUCCAUACUGGCUUUAUUUGAGUGAUGAGUGCUGAAAGUUCUACGUCUGGUUAGUACUGAUUUGUGUAUUUUGACUAUUCAAAAAUAAUGUUUCUGUAUAUUUAGCUUUGUCAAUGGGGUUACAUUUGAUUUAGGAUGAUGGACAUCUGGAGGACCAAGUUUAACAACAACAAAACAAACUUUGCUAUAUAAUAUUACACAACAUCUGAGUUUAUAAGUCUUAUGACUACAGUGUUAUUUGCACAGAAUAAGACACAUUUCUAGUAUUUGAGGGAAAGCUUAUCCCAAUAAGCUUCAUACAAGCACUUGUUUUCCUUAUCCCCAUUUCUUGUGAUCUAUUGAAGAAAAGGUGACCGUAAAGGUAAGAGUAACAGACAGAAAACCGUGAAACAAAGAUGCUGUAAUGUAAAGCAUAGAAAAUAACUGCUUUUUUAAAAUAUGCGUUACAUGCAUGCACGGUGCCUGUUUACAGGGUAGGCAAAAGUUAAUAUAGAUCUUUAUAAGUAAAUCAGAAAAUGUAGCCAAACCUGGUGGAUUGUGGGGGUUUCUAGUAGAGUAACAUUUUCCCCAUACACCCUGUUCCCAAUGUAAACCAUUAAUGGGUGGUUGCAUUCUAUUGUAAAACAAGACAAAUGCAAAUUCUAAUAGUUGCAUAUACAACUUGAAGAUUGGAAGUACAUUAAGUACUUUGCAGAGAUCCAAGCCUAAUCAGGCCAUUCUUCCUACUAUCAAGUUUCUUUCUGGGAGCAAAAAUGGUUCUACUCUGCAGCCAUGUUGUCUAAUUUGUCGUGCAAAUAUGUGCUCACACACCCCCUAAAGAAACAUUACGUAGUUUGCUAUCUAUUAAUAUUGACCACUACAAUAACUCUCUAGCUAUUUAAAAUACAAAUACAUUAUUUAAUAGCUGAGGAUUAGAAAAAAAAGAAUCACUAAAACUGACUUUUUAAUUUAUUAUUCAUUUAUUUAAUAAUGUAUCUAUACUUGCAGAGCUAAUCAAAGGUGUAAUCACGGUUUUGCUUCCCAAGAUGUGCAAGAAUCAUAUUUGAAUUAUGUAAGAUGUCCUCUAUUAUUCCAGUCGCCUGCAUCAAUUUGAAUGUUAACCCGUUGAUGGUGUAGAACGUGGACUCCUCGUAAUAUAAUAAUAAUAAUAAUAAUAAUAAUAAUAAUAAUGGUGAAUUGUUGAGCUUUGGUUUCAAAAUGUACAAGUGCCUGUCGUUCUUCGUUUACUUUUAAACCAUUUAAUGCUGUUUAUGAUUAUGCUUUAAAUCACAAAUAAAGACAUUAUCAGGAA